AUGGUGGCAGUGACCUCUUACUCUGAAGACGGAACUUCAAGAUCAACUUCCACAAUAUCUCUUCAAGUAAUACAUGCCGAGCUUCUUGAGCCACACAAAUCCUAUGAGUAUUGUACUCCCAUCUCAAGGAAUAUCUUUAGGGGAGACGAUGACGAUAUGAUGCCAUUCAUCCCAUACGCGGAUGAUCCAACCUUCGACCACGUAGAUCAUACCUUGUGUUAUGGCUCCUUUGCGUGGCAGGUUGAUUAUGAUCCAGAUUUAGAAGUUAUUUCUUUAGAGGCAGCCUAUCGCCUCCAUACGGUUCACAGUCUACUGUAUGAGGAUAUAGAUAGCACGGGAGUCCUUCCCUUCAAGCUUUUCUCAAUUCCAGGAAAACCUGGACUGUUUACCCUGAGUCGUCGUCGUGACCUACUCAAAUGGAACGGGACCACCAUCCCUUGUUCUUACAGCUUUCCUUCUUCAUUGCUGGCUCACAGUAUUAUUCAACAUCGGCUUGAGCGCAUCCAUGCAUUGUUUUGUCCUAACCUCAACUGUAUCGAGCCUCUGUGCCCUGUUCAUGUUGAAAUGAACCCCGUGCCGCCACCGCGUAAGCAAAGUAUCCGGCUGUCAGAGCUACUGAAACGUGUAGAACACCCCUGCGAAGCUGGCUGCUUCUUGCAGAGCAAGACAGUCGAGGUACUCCCUUGCUGGAGUGAAGACGAUAUCAAUUCGUUUAAGAGCAUCUUAGAUAUCGAGCCAGAUAUGAUACCUUGUGACCAUGCUGAAUUAUGCUUUAAGCCUUGCCACGAGGUCCUUUAUUAUCGCAGAUCACUAUAUCCAGAUUUCGAUGAACUUCAAACUGAGCGUCCGAAUGGGGAACACAAGGGGAAGUCGCGAUCUCUGGAAUUUCGAGAUAUUGACCCGCUCAAGAUCACACCGAACGAACCUUGUCAUCACUCUGGGCCAUGUCAUGGUUCAUCUGACUGUUUAUGUUUUAAGAACAAGGCUCAUUGCCAGCGGAACUGCCGUUGCCCCGCCAAAUGCGCUCGGAGAUGGAAAGGUUGUCGCUGUGCAAUGGCACGCGACGGAAUGAGCUGUGUGAAGGUCAAGCGAUGUUCUUGCGUCGAAGCUCGACGCGAGUGUGAUCCAGAGCUUUGUGUAAAAUGCGGAUUUGAAGACCCGGAAAGGAGUACCUGCGGGAACUCCCAGAUUCAACAAGGCCACUUCAAGAAACUGGAGGUCAAGGAAAGUUGUUGGGGUGUAGGUGUAUUCCUCCUUGAGCCAGCCAAGCAGGGCGAAAUGAUCGUGGAGUAUGUCGGGGAGCUUAUCUACGAAAUGACAUUUGACAGCCGCGGAGAGGUCGCAGACCAUCUUGGACGAAGUUAUGUCUUUGGUCUCAACAAAACGCUAUCCCUGGAUAGUUCGCGUGCAGGCAACGCGUCGAGGUUCAUCAACCAUUCAGGCGCUAGUGAUGCCAGUAGCGAAACGCAGUGUAAUUGUCACGCUUUUGCGCGACUUGUGAAUGGGGAACAUCGUAUAGGAAUAUUUGCGAUUAUGGACAUUGACCCUGGAACUGAGAUCCUCAUUGAUUAUGGCCCAGCGUUCUUCACGGAGCAAAAGAAUGCAGAGGCCAUGUAA